UAAAAAGACUAAACUAAAUAGAAUAAAAUACAAACAUUGAAAUAAAUAAACAAAUUAAUAGGGCAAACGAUUUACAUAAAUUAUUUGCAAUAUAAAGGCUCUAUAUACAGAAUAAUUGAAAAAAGAGGGGUAAAUGAAUAGAAUUACAGAAUAAAAGUGAAUUUACUAAUAAAGGUUUUUAAAAAAAAGCUAAUUAAAAAUAUAAAACAAUAACAAAGAAGCGCAAUCAUAACAAAAAAGGGCAAAACAGACACACAUUCUCUCUCUCUCUCACUUAUACACACACACUCGCUCUCUCUCACUCACUCACUCACUCACUCAUUCUCUCUCUCUCUCUCUCUCUCUCUCUCGCUCCAAGCAAACAGAGAAGUUGAGUCCGUAGACCGCAGAAACACACAGCAGGGACAGCAGAGAUGAUUCCUCCAUCGCACGCGCUCGCCACCGCUCUCACCGUCCUGCUCGCGCUUCAGCAGUCGACAGGAUUCUGGCUUUUUAACGUCAUCUUUCCGCCGACUGCCGGACCUCGUACGGAAAACAACAGCACGCCGCCUCUAAUCAUCGUGCCAGGAAAUAUAGGCAACCGCCUCGAAGCGAAAAUAGACAAACCCACGCUGGUGCACUGGCUCUGCUACAAGAAGACAGAGAACUGGUUUCCUCUGUGGAUCGACCUCAACAUGUUCAUGCCCAUCGGUAUUGACUGCUGGAUUGACAACAUGAGGAUCGUGUAUAACCGAACGACUCGCAGGACGUCCAACUCUCCUGGUGUGGAAGUGCGUGUCCCUGGAUUCGGCCAGACGUAUACUAUAGAGUUCCUGGAUAACAACAAUCUGGCAGGUUAUUUUCACACCAUGGUUGAACAUUUGGUUAGCAUAGGAUAUGUGCGCAACAAGACUGUUCGAGCAGCACCGUAUGACUGGAGAAUUGCCCCAAAUGAGCAGGCUGAGUAUUUCGCACGCCUGAAGAGCCUUGUAGAGGAGAUGCACGAUGAGUACAAACAGCCCGUCCACCUGCUGGGCCACAGCAUGGGUGGCCUUUACAUCCUCUACUUCCUCAACCAGCAAAGCCAGGUCUGGAAAGAUCGCUACAUCAAGAGCUUCAUCUCUCUGGGAACACCAUGGGGUGGAGCUGUGAAGCCCCUCAGAGUUUUAGCAUCAGGUGAUAAUGAUGGCAUCCCGCUUGUGUCCUCCAUCAAGAUCCGCGAGGAGCAACGCAUGACCACCACGAACCCCUGGAUGAUCCCAUCUGAGGAGGCGUGGCCUGAGGAUCAUGUCUUUAUCUCCACGCCGUCCUUCAACUACACUCACCAGGACUACCGCCGCUUCUUCAGCGACAUCAGCUUUGAGGACGGUUGGUACAUGUGGGAGAACACGAAGAACCUCACAGCAGGCCUCCCCACCCCUGGAGUCAAGGUUUACUGUUUCUAUGGGGUUGGCCGACCCACACCCGUCACCUACAUCUAUGACGAGCAGUUCCCGAACAGUGACCCCGUGGACUUUCUGUACGAGGAUGGUGAUGACACGGUGGACAGCCGCAGCAUGAGCUUGUGCAAGCACUGGAUAGGCAAACAGGAUCAAAAGGUGUACGUGACCGAAUUCAGCGGCAUGGCUCAUCUUGACAUCGUCUUCAACCACAACGUCCUCAAUGCCAUCCAGGAGAUCCUAGAGGGAAUGAUUCCGAAGGAUGAGACUGUCCGUACUGUUUUGGUCAAACAGUCUCAGUCGCGCAGUCUUAUCAGCCAGAGCCCUUAAAUAAAGAUCAAUUUAUAAAUGCAUAGUGGUUAAGUUUAAAGCUGCCUAAGAGAGUUGAUGUCUUUUAGGACUUAGAACUGAGGCAAAGAAGGUCCUUUACCAUGUGUACGUUUUUGUAUAUAUUCACAAACAUAACCAGAAAAUAUGAAAAUGCCUUUGCAGUUUGUAUAGAAUAUACAGAUUCAACAAUAUGUACAGGUUAAAUAUAUAUCAUCAGUUGAAAACACUCACAUUUAGAUUCACACUUACGUGUACAUUCACAUUUACAGUGGUGGUUCAACAGUUAAAGCUCUGGAUUACUGAUCAGAAGGUCAGGGGUUCAAGGCCAAACUGCCACCGUUGGGCCCUUGAGCAAGGCUCUUAACCAUAUCUGCUACAGGGGUGCUGUAUCAUGGCUGACCCCAGCUUCCUAACAAGCUGAGAUAUGCAAAAAAAAAAAAAAAAAAAAAAUAAUAAUAAUAAUAAUAAUAAUAAU